ACGUUGAGUGAGGAUAUUGCUGAUGAUUAUUUUGAAUAUCUAAAAAAGAAAGAAGAGCUUCAAAGAGAGCUAGAAAGAUUAAAAUUUGGUGGAUUAAAAGAAAACAAUGAUUUAGCAGUUGAAAAGGAGGAAGACAAAGCAAAAGCAGAAACUAAUGUUGGAAUUAUUAACAUUCAAGAAUUGAUUACCCGACUUCAAGAUAAAAAAAAACAAGAAUAA